AUGGCCACGGCGUUAGAAACGAACACUACCGAGCAGGACUGGGUAAAAUUCUGCGAAAGACAUGCCGUGGUUGCUGCUCAGGAUUUCGCCAAAAGCUGUUACCAGUACAUUCAUCGAACACUGCCGGAAACCGCACGUAGUACAGUAACCCAUAAAGACUUCCUCCGAAGAUUCGUCGAAUGUUUCACGGAAACCUUCGAUAAAGACUACGCUCGGCGACGACUCCAACUAACCAAAGUAAGCAACGGUUCAAGCCCCCUCGAAGACGUCAACGAAAUCGUCUCCGACAACGAGGAAGGUUCCCCGAAAAUGCCACAUAAACACUUUCUGCGACGACUUAGUUUUAAAAUGCUUCGAAAAGGUAGAGAGAUUUUCGCCAAACAACACUCAGACGAUUCCGAAAGCAAAACAAAGCUGGCCAAAAUCGUGGUUGAAUGUCGAAAGGAAGGGUUUGUUAAUUACACAACCCCCGAGUGUUUAGAUCAAGCGGGGAGCCCCCCGAAAUGGGAAAAAUGCCGAUUGGCUCUAAUUAAAGCGGUCGGGGGUUACAUGUUGGAGUUUUAUUCCCCUCCGAAAAGUACAAAACCAAAAAGUGGGGUUUUUUGUGCUCUUAUUGUUGAAGCGAGAGAAACAACAGCUUUGGAAAUGCCGGAUCAUGAAAAUACUUUUGUGUUAAAAGCUGAUAAUAACAUCGAAUACGUAAUCGAGGCACCUAGCACGGAUGAAAUGAGAUCUUGGUUAGCCACGAUCCGAUAUUGUAUGCGAUCGAUGCAAGGUCACGAUUUAGCGGGAGCCGGCGAAUUUGCACUAAAAGACGGUCAUCAUCAAAGCGGGGAUCCCCCGGAAGUACCUCCGAGGCAUCUAACUUCCGGGCAAAGAAAUUCUUUCGGGAGUAACUCGGAAUUUUCACCCCAAUCCGAAACCAAUGGCACCGUUGAGUCGGAUAUUGGACAAUUAUUAAAGAAGGAGUUGUGGUUUCAUGGCACUUUGGGACGAUCGGAAGCUGCUCAAUUAGUUCUACACGAAGGACCCGCCAAUCACGGCUUGUUUUUGGUGCGCCAAAGUGAAACUCGAACGGGGGAGUUCGUUUUAACCUUUAAUUUUCGAGGUCGAGCAAAACAUUUAAGGAUGACAAUUAACGAAUUGGGUCAAUGUAGGGUGCAACAUUUUUGGUUUCAAUCAAUUUACGAGAUGUUAGAGCACUUUCGACGUCAACCGAUUCCGCUGGAAAGUGGAGGAAAUUCCGAUGUAACCCUAACAGAUUACGUGGUUAACCCAGGGGCGAGGGCUCAACUUCAAGGCUCUUUACCAAGAACGGUUGGGCAAACAACAAUUCAACAAUCCCAAGGGGGCCAAGAACGGAGACCGCCGCCGCUUCCGGAACAACGCAAUGUGCAAACGCAUAACGGAAGCGUUCGUACCCAAGAGAUCACCCUGGAACAGGUCACCGAGGCCACCAAUAGAGCCGUCGAAAAUCAGUACAGUUUCGUUUAAGAGCGCCCCUAAUUGUGGAGAGCAAAAAUACGUAGUACUUAAUGCAAAAAAUUAAUAAAUAAAUAAAAAUCGAGCCAGGUAAGAUAAAUUAUUUUGUAUGUUUAUUAAAUAAGUACAAAAAAGAAUAUAUUAAAGGAUACUUAUUUAUGGGACAACUGUAUAUGAAAUUAAAUUGGAUAAAAAAUAAUAAUAACUUCGUGUAUACAUGUUGUGUUUAUUAUUUAUUAACGUAUUAAUAUUGUAAUUCAAUAUUGAAAGUAUUAAAAGGAGUUUUAAGAGAUGUAAAAA